UUGUCCGUAGCGCGAAAUAAUGUUGGGGAUGACAUUUUUCGUGUAAAAUUCGUCAAUUUAUCGUUGCCUUGCAGACUAUGAGCAGUUUGGAGCGAAAACCCUAAUAAAAAUGGCCGGUUCACGCGAGAGGUUACUCUACGACCGUCAUUUGGAUUACGAUUACGAAUACGAGAGGCGGAGGCGACAUGACAUUAGCAGAUUCGAAGCGCAGCGGUCAGAUGAAAAUCGAGUACGAUCUGAUCGCUUCGAUCAGAUCGGAAGACCGCGACGUAAGAACGGAUACGUUUACGAAGAUAUUUAUUCUGAUUUCGACGAGGCCCAAGGCCGUUUGUCACUAUUUCGACCAAUCAGACCCGAGUAUCUGAAUUUACAAUCGACGUACGACAAUAAAUAUAAUUCGUUGCCUCGUAGCCACUAUUAUAACGAUGACAGGAGUCGUCGUUACAAAAAAGAUUAUUACGACUUCAGAAUCGAAGCCGAACGAAGGAGACCGCGGGAAUCUUAUGAAAUUUACAAACAAAAUGUAAGAAUCGAAACCAAUCGAAGCGAGAUUAGGAUAAAAGAACGACGCGCGAAUUCGACCGAUUCGAGAGUUGUACGCGAUAAACCGAAAAACGUAGCCGUUUGUAAGCCACUUCGUUUGACCGAAAGGAAUGCUAAAUAUUGGACGACAGAUCCGCCCGAGAAAGAUCGGAAGCCGAAACGAGAUGAAACGAAAAAAAUUGUAAAAUUCUCCGAAGUUUCUGGAUCCAGAAAGAUGGUCAUCGACGAUCCAGUUUGUGGGCGGAAAGUGGUCGCUGUACGAGAACUGGAGGUCUCUUUGGACCAAAUGAUACAAAAUGGAUAUUUCGAGAAACACAAUAUACCAAUAAGGCUGCCAGAGAAGAAAGACGACACCAAGAUUUCCGUACCAAACGGAAAAUGUGUAUCGGGAAAUGAAACGCCAGCGCCACGGAAGUCUCGACAUUUGCCACAGGUAAUCGCAGCCCUUGCAGUAUCACUGGCUCCGUUCUCAGCGGGACUCGGAAAGGGUUACAGUUCACCAGCAAUAGCAUCCCUCCAAGGUCCCGGGAACGCAACGCGUAGAGACUUCCAACUCACUGACCAACAGGCUUCGUGGCUUGCUUCUCUAUCGUUCCUCGGCGCUCUCUUUGGCGGUAUGGCGGGUGGUGCUGCGAUGCGUCACGGCAGACGUCGAGUGCUGUCAUUGGCUGCAGCGCCUUGCAGCCUGUCCUGGCUCCUGACGGUGCUAGCUACUUCUGUUCGAAUGAUGUGCAUCACAGCUUUCUUGGGCGGGUUCUGCUGCUCGAUACUGACCAUGUUGUCGCAGGUUUACAUCAGUGAAAUAUCAGUACCAGAUAUACGAGGAUGUCUUAGCGCUGUUUUGAAAAUCGUCGGCCAUCUUGGAGUUCUGUUCAGCUUUACCAUCGGCGCAUACCUCGACUGGCAGCAGCUAGCAUUGUGUAUAUCUGCUGCACCCCUACUUCUCUUCUGUACAGUUCUUUACAUACCAGAAACACCAAGCUAUCUCGUUUUAAUUGGAAAAGAUGAAGAAGCCUACAAAAGCCUCCUUUGGUUAAGGGGACCAAACUCCGAUGUUGCUCAAGAACUGGCCACUAUAAGGACCAACGUUUUAGCCAGCAAAAAUUUUAGCCAACGCCAGAGUCAAAUGUCUAGUAGCCAGCUAAUAAAUUCUUUGGACGUAAGAACAAUGAAUCGUCUCCUCGGACCUAUUUUGGUGACAUGCGGAUUGAUGAUGUUUCAACGUUUCUCUGGCGCUCAUGCCUUUUCUUUUUACGCUGUUCCGAUAUUUAGAAAAACGUUUGGUGGAAUGAAUCCACAUGGAGCGGCUAUAGCUGUCUCUUUCGUGCAACUGCUUGCGUCUUGCCUUUCUGGUCUAUUGAUUGAUACUGUUGGUCGUCUCCCAUUACUGAUCGUGAGCUCUGUGCUCAUGUCAAUGGCAUUAGCUGGAUUUGGAAGCUACGCUUAUUAUGAAGAAGUUCAUAGGAAUCAAAGAAUACAAAAUGUUAUGUUUCAUCAAACGGUCGGGCAAAAUGAUUGGAUUCCAUUGCUGUGUGUGCUGGUGUUUACCAUCGCUUUCUCUUUGGGUAUGAGCCCAAUUUCCUGGCUCCUGAUUGGUGAAUUAUUUCCUCUAGAAUACAGGGCAUUUGGCAGUGCAAUGGCUACAGCCUUUAGCUACCUAUGUGCUUUUGUCGGUGUUAAAACCUUCGUAGAUUUUCAACAGGCUCUUGGAUUACAUGGUGCAUUUUGGUUAUACGCGUCUAUAAGCGUGGGCGGUCUGUGUUUUGUUGUAUGUUGCGUGCCCGAAACAAAAGGCAGAGAUUUAGACGAAAUGGAUCCAAAUUACGUUCAAAGUUUAUCCCCCAAAAGGUAAGUCAAUUUCGGUGGAACAAUUUGUACACUUGAAAACAAAAUCAAUAGACAAAAACAAUAAUAACAAUGUUAAAUUAUUAAUAAAACAUUUGAAGUUAUUAUUCUAAUAUUUAAACAUAAAAUUUUUAACCGAAA